AUGGCUGAAACAAGCAAGAGACGUUCAUGUGUGUUGAGUGACGAGGACAUACAGUGUUUGGUUGAAAGUGAUUCGGAACAAAGUCUGCCAGAUUCGGAUUUUGACUCUGAAAACGAGUUAGAUGAUCAUGCCUUGAUGGAUGCUGCUGGAAAUGAGGGCAGCGAUGAAGAUAACAGUGCAAAUCAAGAAUUCGUUUGGGAGGAUAUGGAGAACUACAGGGGUCAGAGAGAACAUUUCACAGGCAGUGCCGGAGCUCAAGGCCCUGCGAAAGAUGUAACGGAAAUUGUGGACAUUUUCGAGUUGUUUUUCGACAAGGAACUUAUUGAGACCAUAGUUGCAGAAACAAAUAGAUACGCGGAGCAGUUUCUACGGGGGCGUGAACCAUCAGCGAGGUCGCAUUCUAAGGCAUGGAAACCCGUGACAGAGGGAGAGAUUUAUGUUGUCUUGGGUUUGUUCAUGCUCAUGGGCAUUGUACAGAAACCAACUCUUCAGUCUUAUUUUACAACAAAAGGAGUAAUUUCAACGCCAGGAUAUAGAGACAUUAUAACAGGAGACAGACUGGAGCUAAUAUGUAAAUAA